GCCACCUGAAAUCCCAUCCAGGCGGCGUAGAGCUCAUCUACCCAACCGCACCCAUGAAACUCUCUCCCGAAGACGUCCCCUCUCUCAUCGCAAACUCCACCGAAGACGGCAACGGCGGCCUCCGCGACGAAGCCUAUGGCUGGUGGACACGCGAAAACGACUCCGAACCCUAUCAAUACCGCGGAUUAGACAACGGAUUAGCCGCCAUCGCGGCCGUGCUCCGUGAAGAAGGGCCGUUUGAUGGAGUGGUAGGGUUCAGUCAAGGAGGUUGCGCCGCAGGGAUGGUCACCGCAUUAUUAGAAGAUGGGCGCAAAGAAGCGUUCAAUCGACAUUAUGCUGCGCAGGGAGGGUAUUGUUUUCCCGAGAGUUUUCUGGGCGAGGAAAAGGGGUCGACGGUGCAUCCGGCGUUCAAAUUUGCCGUGUCGUAUUCCGGGUUCGGCGCGUCGCGAAUGCAGCAGUAUCGUGCGUUUUAUGAGCCGAAAAUCGUUACGCCCAUGAUGCAUUUCAUCGGGAGUGUGGAUACCGUGGUCAGUGAGGAGAGGUCUUUACAGUUGGUGAAUGAUUGUGUGGGGGGCGAGGAGGCAGGGAAUGGAGGGAGGGUGGUCAGGCAUCCAGGGGGCCAUUUUUUGCCGACGUCGAAGACGAGUGUGGUGCCGCUAGUGGCUUUCAUUCGAGAGGUGAUGAAUGGGCAGGCGGGAAGUGGGAAUUCGCAUGGUGGAGCGGAGAAGGAGGAGGAGAGUGUGGAGGAUAUGGAUGUGCCCUUUUGAUGGGAUGCGAUGUUACGAAAAUCACGAGUGCACAUUGGGUGGGAUGCUUUCUUCUUUUCGGCACUGUUCAGAUCACGGCUCGACAUGGAGAAUGAAGAUAUGGGAGGCACAAGUUCUUGGUUCGGCACUGUUCAGACAUCCAAAGGCUGGCUAUAUAUA